CACAUUUCAACUCAUUCUUCACAUUUAGCUUUAAUUCAUAUUACUUCAUGACCAUCUUGGACCGCGUCCGUGGACCUACUGGGAGGUCACGGAUAUCUGGUUCUAGCGCUUCUGCAUCUACUCCUGUCUCCAUUUCCCAUUCAUCCUCACAUCAGCCCUCAUCCGUUUCACUGGCUAAUUCUUUACGUUCUUCCUCUAAGAACGUUAAUUCUACUAUUAAUACCCCUUCUACUAGCAACAACAUUAGUCACAGUAAAAACACUCUUAAUUCCACCUCUAGCACUCGAGCCAGUUCUGUCUCUGCAGGGGCUUUGACUGAACAUGGUACGCACAAUAGGAAGUACGGCAGCGGCAUCAGCAGCAAUAACAAACAUGCCUGUAAGGCGACCGCCAGAAUUGGAAAAGAACUAUAUCACGAAGAUGGCGAUAUCAUUGGGCAUCGUAAAGAGGAACUGCGAUAUUCACACCACAAUGGUAGUGCUCAAAGCAGCUCUCUCACCAGAUAUGACGCGAUUGUUGCUGAACGGAUCGCUGUCCAAAAACGCUCUGAGGAUGAAAGCAAUACCAGCCGCUCCUCUACAGAUGCAGAUACAAACUUUAAGACUGGUAUAAAACUGAUUCAACAGGCAUACGAGGACAAAUAUCAAGCUCUCUUAGAUGAAGUUAGCACAUGGAAGUGGAUCUCUGAGGAACAAAGUGUUCAGAUGACGGUUAUGGCUACAGAACUAGCCCAAGUAGAAAAAAAAUACGUCACCCUUCAAAAAGAGAUGGCUCAGCUUGAAACAUUUCGGAAGGCCAUAGUGUCGAUGGUAGAUCAACACUCAGGGGCCACUUUAACACAGCUGGAACGAUCUAUCCUAGAGACUAUUGAGGCCGAUGCAGAGAAUGGAGAUUUAGGAUAUAAUGCCGUAGCCAAUGGUGACACAAGCUCGUUCAUACUGGAUGACAACACAGAGCAUCUGCCACGGUUAACAAAGGAGGAUCAGUUUAUCAUGGGACAAAAAGCAAGCAAUGUCCCAUCAGCUAUAUCGAGCACGUUCAAGAGCUCGUCUCUGAUGGCAGCAUCGCGUCCUCGUGCAUCAACCGAAUCCGUUGUAAAGAGACCUAGUACUAUGCUUCAUUCUAGAACAACAAAGUAUUCAACAAGCUCUCCCUUACGUCAGAAUAGAGACACAACAGCAUAUCACAGUGGCGCAACAACUCAUCCGGAUAAUUCCUCGAGCGACCACAAAUACAUAACCAAACAGAAUUUGGUAGAUGGCCUAAGAAGUAAAAGAAAUACCAUUUCAACGACUUCGAGACGCCAACACCCUGGAAUCGCCUCUUUUUCAGCCAACACUUCCAGGAGACAUUCCGGUGCUUCACCUCCUUCGCUUCUUACAAAGACUGCUCUCUCUUCAUCAAGAGUCACAACAACAGCGCUGGCAUCUUUAUCUUCCAUUUCUUCAUCUGCAUCGUCCCCUCCCCAGACUUCGAGCAGCACGGCUGCUUCUUCGAUAGGUGGCUCUAUCAAUGUCCGGACAGCGCGACAAAAACCCCAGCGAAGAGAGCACAGUUUAGAUAUUAGGACCUCUGUGGCACAAGUGACAAAUCCCUUAGGAGACACACCACUUCUGUCUACAGUUCAGAGCGAAAGACACCAAGGUAUUUCAGAAGGUUCUCUAGUAUUGCAGUCAAAAUUGGACACUACUGAUCCUUCGCAAGUCGAUACCAAACAGCGGUCAAUCACAUCUGAUCCAGAAAAAAUGUUCAUGAGAGAUCUUUCGCCAGCUGCCAUAGAGCUAUUCCGUCAACAAGAAGAACAGCAAAAGUUGGAGAUAGAAGCGGACUAUGCCUCCAAAAAAGCAGUACAUGUACAUAUACGAUAUGAUUCACGCCAAACAGACGACGAGGGUUACCGUAGGUCGGCUUCGCGCUCCACAAGCGAUCGAAGCGACCAUCUUCAUUACCAGCGUAGAUAUUCCGGGUCAGGACAGAUUACUGGGCAUGAAUCCAGCUCCAAACUCCAGAAAUCGAAUUUUCAUGCGACUACUACUAUUCAUGAAGAUAACUCCCGAAGGACUGAUGGCAUCGAUGCCAAUGCCUUCACGACACUAUACAAAGAGAUUCGCGAUUCAAUGGAUAGCACUUCGUUUGGAAUGUUUGCCAGAGUGGUGACAGCGUUCAAUGAAGGCGACAAAACCACGGAAGAGACGCUUGAGGAAGUGAGUAGGGUAGUCAAGGAUUGCUCACUCAAUCAGCGAUUCCAAGAUCUAAUUUACCAAGCAGUAGCGGAGAAAGAAAGUCAGAUGGCAAAUGAAAGUACAAAUCUGGCCAUGGAAGCGAAUAGGACUAUAGACAUUGAUAAAAGUCUACUUUUAGAUGACGAAGAUGUAAUUACUGAAGAGGAGGAAGGUGAAGAGGAUGUAAAGAAUGGCUUGCUUGCAGAUGAGAUUGUCAAUAUACUACGUGAGAAUGAUGUUGUCUUGCAAGAAUGUCGACAACAUAACUUAUCGAAGCCUGAGGAACGGAUACAUUUAGGAGAGACCAAGAUCUUGGAUGUGACAAAGAGUUUAGAAGGCAGCGAUAGCAACAUUAGUAACAAAUAGUGG